CGGGCGAUAGCGUUCCAGCGGCAUUUUUUCACCAACAGAUAGUAGUACGGCCGUCCUUCACCAGGCGUCAGUCACAGCGGCAGAUUGACGCCGCUUAUCUCGUUCAGUUGAAGCGACCGCUUGCCAUGUCGUCCGCUUUCUGGAACCAGUGAAAGGAACUGAGGAUUUAGCCCGCAAGCCAGUGCUGAUUUUGAGCGCGGCUUCCGCAGGUCACGAUGAAGGAACCUCAGCGCGAGCACCUGUACAAGAUCCUGGUCAUUGGUGAGCUGGGCACCGGCAAGACCAGCAUCAUCAAGCGCUACGUACACCAGUUCUUCUCGCAUCACUACAGGGCCACUAUCGGCGUCGACUUCGCUCUCAAGGUUGUAGAAUGGGAUGAAAAUACCCUCAUUCGGCUUCAGUUAUGGGAUAUAGCAGGCCAGGAACGCUUCGGCAACAUGACGCGCGUCUACUACAAGGAGGCUGUCGGCGCCUUCAUCGUGUUCGACGUGACGCGGUCGCAGACCUUCGAGGCGGUGCGGAAGUGGAAGGCAGACCUGGACAGCAAAGUGCAACUGCCCGAGGGAAGCUCCGUACCCUGCGUACUUCUAGCAAACAAGUGCGACAUGUCCAAAGAAGGCAUCGUAAACAACCCAGCUGCCAUGAAUGAAUUCUGCAGGGAGAACAAUUUUGGUGGAUGGUUUCUCACAUCGGCCAAGGAAAACCUCAACAUUGAGGAGGCAGCCAGGUUCCUUAUAACACAGAUACUCCACAACCAAAAGGCGCUAAACUUGGAUGAAUCUGGGCAAGCAUCAGUCCCACUGUCAGGGUCGCCUCCACUGGGGCAGUCUGUGCCACGAAGAACAUGCUGCUGACUUGAUAUGUCUAUAGUCUUAAUCAGCUCUUAUAGCUAGAUGGAAGUGUUGUUUAUAUUGAGCAACGAAAGUAUGUGCCCCUCUCCAAUGGCCUUUUCUGCUCACUUGUACAGGUAGGGUUGACACAAUGCUAGUUUUAAAUUCAUUGCACGUCACUUCUACACUAAAGCUGUUCAGCUUUCCGACGUGACACGCUCCAUGGACUCAAAUGUCAGGGUAGAGUGUGCCAAGUCUUGGCGAAAAUUUAUAAUGCUCACAGCACCCUUUUAAAGCUUGUGCUUUUUCUUUUGCAUGGUGCACAUUAAUAAUGCUUCACACACAUUUUUUGUAUGCUCUGGACAUACCUGUUAGGAGUGAAGAGCAUUUUGUAUUAAGUAGCUAUUACUCAUGUAU